AUGUGAUUUGCUCAAGGUCACAGAGGUAGGAAGCGUGGAACCACGUUCAAAGGCAGCAACUGGGCUCCAGAGCCCCCCAUUUGGAACCACCCUGCGAGGUGGCCCCACUGGAGCACAGGAGGGCAGGUGAGGAGGGGCUGUCCCUGACAAAAAGGGAGAAUGGACUCUGGAGGCAAGAGAAAGGGACCUCCUUAAGACAGUCCUAUGAGACGGCUGCCAUUGUCCGUUUCAUAAAGGGAUAGAGAGACGCUUACAGAGAUUGUCAUUGAUCCAAGGCCACGGGAGCCAUGCGGCAGAGCCAGAAUUUUAACCGAGGUCCAGGGCCUCUUAGCCAGGAGUUGCCUGGAGACCAGCCGCAGUGCAGAGGCGCUGAGUGGCGGCGGGUGGGGAAAGAAUUCUGCAGUUCAGCUGGGAGCACACGUGGACCAGGUGGGGGGCGGGCGGGGGGUGUUGAAGGACAGGAAACAGCGCCUGUAGGUAGGGCUCUAAGGAUGUAGGACCACUCAAAGCCAGGCAGGGGUCCUGAGGGUCAGGCCGAGGGGCCGGGCAGCCCAAAGGAGGAUGGACCGCCUUGGGAGAUGAUAAGACUCGGCUGGGCAGGCUUGGAGCAGAUUUGUUAAAAGGGUCAGAGGGUUCCCCUGGCUGUCUGCUGGCACCUUCCAAAGCUGAGGAAUGACUCAAAAAAGGGCCCUCUGACAGCUGGGCGAUAAAGGGCUGGGGGUAGUGCUGAGGGUGGAGGCCAGGAGGCAAGGGGGAGGAGGCUUCCGAAAGAGACUGGACAGGAACGGAAACCUGGCCAGUGGGACAGCGGUGGAGGUGGGGGACAGAUGGCAAAGAGCGGGCAGCCGGGGAAUGGCAGCAAGCGUCAUUGGGGCCAGGACAGGAGAGCUGGCCACAGAAGUGGAAACUUGGAAACAGGAGGUUAGAGAUGGGGAGGGUACAGAGGAGUUGGGGCUGAGAAGAAAGGAGAGUCACAGAUACUAGGAUAGGAGAUCAGAAAGAGGAAGAAAGUAUAGAAGCCAGAACAGACAGCAAAGUUUGAUGCCUUCCAGGGUGAUAGCCGACAGGUGGAGUGUUAGAGAAGCAUCCUUGGGUGGAGCCAGGACAGAAUAAUGGGCAAGGUUGAGGGUGCUGCUGGCCACUCGCCUUCCAUUUGGGGAGAUUUGGCAGAGGAGGCCAGCAUCAAAGUGACGGGUCCCAUAGUGGACAUUCAAUGGCUGUUGCAUCUACCCAUGCAUAUACAUGCUUAUUAAGGGCCUGUAGGGAUCUCAUUGCACUCUAGUGAGACCCAUCUGAGGAGGGAUUAUUAUCCCCAUUUAAUAGAUACGGGUAACAGCACUUCCUGGGAAGCAUGUGUGAACGCUGAGGGACAGCGGUUGGGGCUUAUGUUGGCCAGAGGACACCUGGUAACCGUGCCAACUGGUUCCAAGCACUUCCAUCUCCCUUAGAGGCUCUUAAGGCUCUGCAGCCUGUACUUUGCAUAGGAGGAAAUUGCAGCUCAGAGUGGUUGAGACCUGCUAAAGGUCACACAGCAGCAGAGCAGGAACUCUUCGGGGUUAUCUGGCUGCCGUGUGCAAUCCUUCCACUGCCCUUGUUCUCAGAAAGGUUUCUAACUUUGCUUUCAAAGCAAGUUUCUAUCAGCUCCUUAGUGGGCGGGAUGGGGCUGCAACCCAUUCUAUGGAAGGGGCAGCAGAGGCUUUGAGGGGUGAGAGCCAGCUCGGGUUACAGGAGCCACAGAGGAAGUCUGCCUAGGAGCUGGAGCCAAGCCCGGGGCCUCUCCCACUGACCAGAUCAGCUCUGGGUUUGCUGAAAGCCACAGCUGCACCCCUGGGGAGCCAGGAGUCCAGGCCCGGUUUUGCAUCGGGCCCUGUGAGAAGGUGUUUCCUCCUCCUCAGUGGGGCAGCUGCUUUGCUGGGCUGCGGUUGAGUCAGCCUUAGGCCCUCACUGCUCUCCUGGUCCCUGAACUUGACUGCCAGGAAGCCGGGGUUACCCCACAAAGGCGUCCCCUCCAUUCUGGACCCCUACAGGGAGCCGCGUGUGCCCAGCCUGGGCACUGGCCCGGCUGAUGCCCCAGAGGGGCCAUCCAGCUCCAGAGGAGCUCUAGUCCCUGCCUGGCCUCCUCAUGGCACGUGAGCCAGAGCCCGAGGCCGACGGGCUCCUGGAUCUUAGCUUCCUGACAGAGGAGGAGCAGGAGGCCAUUGCCGAGGUCCUGAAGCGAGAUGCCCGCCUGCGCCAGCUGGAAGAGGGACGGAUCAGCAAGCUCCGGGCAUCACUGGCAGACCCUGGGCAGCUGAAGAUCCUAACUGGGGACUGGUUCCAGGAAGCACGCUUCCAGCGGCACCACCACGCCCACUUCGGCUCUGACCUGGUCCGAGCUUCUAUCCGCAGAAAGAAGGGCUGCAGGAGUGAGAGGAGCUCCCCAGAGGGGGCAGGCCUUGUGCAGCCCAGCUCACUGGGAGACCAGGCUGGAGGCAGCGAUGUGGAGGCCGAGGCUGCAGGGAAAGAGACUGAAGAGGCCCUGGAGCCCAGGCUCUCCGUAGACGAGGGCCCCCAAGAGAGGUUCAUUGAGGCCGAGGGACCGGAUGUCCCCUCACCAUGUGUCUCCAAAAAGCCUUCAGAGCAGGAGGAGGAGCCCCAAGCCCAAGAUGACCGGGAAGCCCCUGACCUGGGGCACCCUCUGGUCGUCGCCGGAGAGGAGGCGGACCCGGAGAUGCAGCCGCCGUCGAUGGGAGAGGAGGAGCCGCAGACCCCGCCUACCCAGACUCAGGCGGCGUCUGAGAUGCUGGAGAAUGGGGAAGAGACCCCGGGGCCCGACCCCUCGUUCGACCGCAUGCUCAGCAGCAGCUCCUCCAUGUCCAGCCUCAACUCCUCCACGCUGAGCGGCAGCCAGAUGAGCCUGUCCGGGGAGCCGGAGGCGGGCGCGGUGCAGGUGCGCGGCUCCGUGAACUUCGCCCUGCGCUACGAGCCGGGAGCCGCCGAGCUGCGCGUGCACGUGAUCCAGUGCCAGGGCCUGGCCGCUGCACGGCGCCGCCGCUCCGACCCCUACGUCAAAAGCUACCUCCUCCCGGAUAAGCAGAGCAAGCGCAAGACAACAGUGAAGAAAAGGAAUCUGAACCCUGUCUUCAACGAGAUUCUCCGGUACUCUGUCCCGCAGACGGAGCUCCGGGGCCGCGUGUUGAGCCUGUCCGUGUGGCACCGCGAAAGCCUGGGUCGCAACAUCUUUCUGGGAGAAGUCGAAGUGCCCCUGGACACGUGGGACUGGGACUCAGAGCCCACCUGGCUCCCCCUGCAGCCCCGAGUCCCGCCGUCUCCCGACGACUUUCCCAACCGCGGGCUGCUCUCUCUGUCCCUCAAGUACCUCCCCGCUGGUUCCGAGGCUCAGUGCUGCCUGAUGACAGCCGGGCCAGCCGCCAGCGGACAAGGGUGGUGCGACGCAGCUUCAACCCCAUGUUCAAUCACACCAUGGUCUAUGAUGGCUUUGGGCCUGCUGACCUGCGCCAGGCCUGUGCGGAGCUCUCCCUCUGGGACCAUGGGGCCCUGGGCAGCCGCCAGCUGGGGGGCACACGCCUCAGCCUGGGCACCGGCAGCAGCUACGGGCUCCAGGUGCCCUGGAUGGACUCCACACCUGAGGAGAGGCAGCUGUGGCAAACCCUCCUGGAGCGGCCAUGCGAGUGGGUGGAUGGCCUUCUGCCCCUCAGAACCAACCUGGCCCCCAGGACAUAGCUGCCCUACAUGCUAUACAAAACCCUUCUUUUGGGAUCCCCAUCUCAGGGCCUGCCCUUGGCUAAAAAAUAAAGUUUAUUCUGAGGGUAACAAGGGGCUGAUGUCUGCCUGGGAUGGGGGAGGGGGGUGGUGGUGAAAGUG